GCAGGCGACGCACGACGAACCUACCGCGAGAUCCACGAGAGCGACUACACGAUGAACCAACAGCAGGUAAUCGAGUGGAUCCUGAUGCGGGACUUGAGCUACCUCUUCCAGCACCACCCCCACCACUUGCUGGCAGUGCGACAGCAGCAGCAGAUCGAGGACGGCUACAACGAGCAGACGUACCGAGACGGCGUGGUGGAACUAGCGGUUCAGCGCAACCACAAGCACAAGCUGGAG